UCCGGUGAAGUCCAUUAGCGUGAGCGAAUACAUAACAUUACCUUAAGAAAGAGCCGGUUGUAGUAGACGAAUUAAAUUUUUAUAGUAGUAAUUUAACCUGUUUUUGUUAAAUUAGUGAAAAUACAAUUAAAGUGCGGUGAAAAACUUGAGUAAAGUUCACAAUAAUUGAUAAAAUGAGUGACGACGCAAGUGAUAAUCAACAAAAUAAUGGAUCAGCAACUCCAUCUAGUACGCCUCCAACACAAGACAGUAAUGGGAACACAUUUGAAAAAAUACAACAACAUGUUCGAAGCAAUAAGGUUGACGUUGCUAUGUGGGCCACUCGCAUACUAACAGUACUUUUUACAUUUAGUUACGUGUUACCGAUAUUAAGUAACCAACAGAGUUCUUUUAAUAAAGUAUUACUAUCUAAUGCAGCAACAUCAGCGCUUCGUUUGCAUCAACGUUUACCAUCGUUUGCAUUUACGAGAGAAUUUUUGGCGCGUCUUUUUAUUGAGGAUUCGUGUCAUUAUCUUAUGUUUUCAUUAAUAUUCUUUAACGUGCAACCUACAUUGUUAAUUCUCAUUCCAAUAUUUUUAUUUGCUGUCCUACAUGCAUCAAGCUAUUCAUUGAAAUUAUUGGACAUCGUUGGACAAAAUUCUUGGUGGGGAGCAAGAUUUUUAAUUUCAUUGGUUGAGUUCCAGGCUAGUAAUAUAUUGAAAGCAGCCGCUUUUGCAGAAAUUUUUAUAAUGCCACUAGCUGUAGUUUUCACUUUUAGAGGAAGAGCAGGCCUUAUGACCCCUAUCGUUUAUUACCAUUUCUUGGUAAUGCGUUAUGGUUCCAGACGUAAUCCCUAUACCCGAAAUGCUUUUGCAGAACUUCGUGUAAAAGCCGAGGCGCUGGCAAGUUCAUCGCCUGCUGUUGUUGGUAAAGUCAUUCAUAGUGGUAUUGCUUUCGUAAAUCGUUUAGCGCCGCAACAACAACCAGAACAGCCACCACCAGCUCAAUAAACCUUCUACGUUCCUUAGUUAAAUUACUGUUUCAAAACAUAAGACAUUUUUUUCUAAUAAUAUUCUAUUUUACUAAGAAGUACCUUAAGAAAUAAAAGCAAUUGGAAUUCAUAACUUUAAAAUAUUUUUCUCAAGGAUUAUAGAAAUAAUAUAAAAAUAGAAUUAUAUAAAAAAAUAUAAUGUUUAUAUUAAAUUGAAAUAAAGUAUUGAUUCUUAAAAUCCUUAAUUAAUAUAUCAUUAUGACUUACGAUUGUCUAUAUAUCAUUAUAAUUUAACGAUUAUGUCCGUAUCUAUGUUUUUUGUUCAAUGUUCACUAAAAUCUAUUUUUUAGUUCACUGGUGUAAUGUGCAAUUAUAAAUAAAAUCUAAAUUCAAUAAACAAA